AUGUUCUGUGUUUUCCACGCAGCCAAAGCUGAGAUAACUUGCAGGUCGUGUCAGCCUGGAAAUGCGUGGCGGACACAGGAAUUACUGCUGAAAUUUGACACGAGUGGAUCCUCGGCAGGACAGAAGGGAGGAGAAGUUUUCAGCUGCGGUGACGGGGCAGGGAGAGCCGGGGCUGCAGGUGGCGAGGGUCGGCGGCUGCGCUGCGCGGGUGGGUCCCGUGAUGCUGCACCUUCUGCUGCCGCUGCCGCUGCUGCUCCAGAUGAGGCGGAAUACACGAAGGAGUCUUGGAUGGAAGGGAAUACGCGCAGUAAGCCGCGCGCUAAAGGUGACAUCAGUGAAAGCGUGUUAACAAAGGAAAAAGUUUCAUGCAGCAGUCACAGAUGUGACACCAGAUACAAAAGGCGCACCAGGAGGAGCAGUGGAGCCCGCAGUCCGAAGCCGGGAGAGGGCGCAGGCUCCGCGGCUGAACGCAGAGUGACGCGCUCUGAAGUGCGCUCAUGGAGCGGAGCUCCGAGGCAGGAGGAGCUAAAAGUCAACAGUUCCACGUUCGCUUUGACCGGGGAUUCGUCUCACAACCAGGCUAUGGUGCACUGGUCCGGCCAGAACAGCAGUGUAAUUCUGAUGCUGACCAAACUGUUUGACUUCAACCUCAACAGUGUGACUGAGAGUUCAUUAUGGAGGUCAACCGACUACGGAGCAACGUACCAGAAGCUGAACGACAAAGUCGGUGCAAAGACAAUUCUCAGUUACUUGUAUGUGAGCCCUAACAACAAGAGAAAGAUCAUGCUGCUGACUGAUCCGGAGGUGGAGAGCAGCCUGCUGAUCAGCUCGGAUGAAGGAGCAACCUACCAGAAGUACCGACUCAACUUCUACAUCCUCAGCCUGCUCUUCCAUCCCGAGCAGGAGGACUGGAUUCUGGCCUACAGCCACGACCAAAAGCUCUACAGCUCCGUGGAGUUUGGGAGGAGGUGGCAACUGGUGCACGAGAGAGUGGCUCCCAACCGUUUCUACUGGUCCAAAAUGGGUUUGGACAAAGAGCCGGGCCUGAUUCACCUGGAGACCAGCAUCUCUGAAGGACAAGCACUCUAUGUCACCUGCAAGCUGCAGAACUGCACAGAUGCCAACAAGGGCAAACCAUUCCCCGGCUUCAUUGACCCCAAUUCUCUGGUGGUGCAGGAUGAGUACGUGUUUGUCCAGGUGUCAACCGCGGGAAAACCAAUCUACUACGUGUCGGCUAAAAGAGACGUCUUUACUCCAAUGAAGCUGCCGAAGUACACCCUUCCCCAGAACCUGCAUGUGAUCAGCACAGAUGAGAACCGUGUGGUGGCAGCCGUGCAGGAGUGGAACCAGAAUGAAACGUACAACCUGUACGUGUCGGACACCACGGGCGUCUUCUACACCCUGGCCCUGGAGAACGUGGUCAGCAGCAUGGGCCCCGAGGGCAAUGUUAUGGUCGAUCUUUAUGAGGUGGCAGGAAUUAAAGGGAUGUUCUUAGCCAACAAAAAGAUGGACAACCAAGUGAAGACACACAUCACCUACAACAGAGGCAGAGACUGGAGGCUGCUGCAGGCCCCGAGCAGAGACCUGAGGGGCAACAGCAUUCACUGUGUGCUACCGUACUGCUCGUUGCAUCUCCAUCUGCACGUGUCUGCCAAUCCCUACACAUCUGGAAACAUCGCCAGCAGGGACUCUGCGCCGGGGAUCAUUGUCGCAUCAGGCUCAUUUGGCUCAGAGUUGACAAGCAGCAAUGUCAGCGUGUACAUCACCUCGGAUGCAGGGAACACAUGGAGACAGAUCUUUGAUGAGGAGUAUGCAGUGCUCUAUCUCAACAAGGGAGGCGCCUUGGUUGCAAUAAGACACACUCCACUUCCCAUCCGACACCUGUGGUUGAGCUUCGAUGAAGGUCGCCAGUGGAACAAGUACAGCUUCACGAGCACGCCUCUGUUUGUGGACGGCGUGCUGGGAGAGCCGGGGGAAGAGACUCUCAUCAUGACGAUAUUCGGCCACGUCAGUCAUCGCUCAGAGUGGCAGCUGGUGAAAAUAGACUUCAGGUCCAUCUUCAACAGGAGAUGCACGGAUGCAGAUUAUCAGACGUGGCACCUGCACAACCAGGGCGAGCCGUGCCUCAUGGGAGUGAAGAGAAUCUACCGGAAACUGAAGCCCAUAUCCAGGUGCGUCAUGGGAAAGAUCUUCGCGGUGUCGAUGACGUCGGGCGCCUGUGAAUGCACAGAGGCCGACUUUGAGUGUGAUUACGGCUACGAGAGACGGACCGACGGCAAGUGCACGCCCGCCUUUUGGUUCCAUCCGUCAUCGAUGUCCAGGAGCUGCACCACGGGGAUGACUUUCCUUAACCGCACUGGCUACAGGAAAGUGGUCUCUAAUAACUGCACGGCUGGAGUCGGUGUGGAGUACACAGCCAGGAGGCAGCAGUGUCCCGUCCAAGCACCCAAAGGUCUUCACCUGGUCACCAGUGAGGGCGUGCUGACAGCCACGUUAGGCAACAAUGUCACCUUCCUUGUUUUCCUGGAGGAGGGCGACGGAGCAAGGACAAGCAUCACUCUGGACUUUGGAGACGGACACGCUCUGACAUACUCCAACGUGAGCUCCAUCGAGGAUGGCAUCAAACACAUCUACAGAGCGGUGGGAAUCUACCGCGUGACCGCCACCGGGGAGAACAGUCUCGGCUCAGAGACCGCCAUGCUCUACUUGCAUGUAACAUGUCAGCUGGAGUAUAUCCAUCUCUCCGCUCCCUUUGUGGCGGUGAAGAACAAGGAAGUGAAUCUGACUGCUGUUCUAUGGCCCAGCCAAGUGGGAACGGUCACCUACAUCUGGUGGAUCGGAAAUAACACUGAGCAGCCAGUAAUCACCCUAGAGGGAAGUGUGGCGUGCACGUUCUCCCGGGAAGGCAUCAGUAGUGUCACUGUGCAGGUGUCUGCAGGGAAUACUAUCCUGCAGGACAGAAAAAGCAUCGCUGUCCACGAAUAUUUCCGAUCUCAUCUGCUCGCCUUUUCAUCAAACCUCGACGACCACAACCCUGAUGUCGCAGAGUGGAGGCUGGACGUGAGCCGAGUCAUCAAGAACUCUCUGAUCCAGGCUACAAGCAUCAGAGAGGAUCAGCUUCUGGUCACCGUCCUCCCGGGUUUACCCACCGCUGCCGAGUUUUUCCUGCUGCCUGACAAACAGUUAACGGAGGGGAAGCCAGAGAAGAGCUCUGCUCAUUUAGAUCAGCUGUCUGAGGUUUUACUGAGUGCCUUGAAUCAGAACCUCGUCCAGUUCACGUUGCGGCCCGGAGUCCAAGUCACUGUAUAUGCAGCUCACCUCUCAGCAGCACCCCUAGUGGACACCAGCGAGAACCACAGCGGCUCUGCCAUGCUGAUGCUGCUGUCGGUGGUCGUCGUGGGUUUAGCCGUGUUUGUCAUCUACAAAUUCAAGAGGAAGAUCCCAGGCCUCAACGUCUAUGCGCAGAUGCAGAAUGAAAAAGAGCAAGAAAUGAUGAGUCCAGCCAAUCCAACAGAGACCACGCCCAGCUCACAGCGGGACCUGGUGCAUUCUUUGGAGAUUCUGGACACAGAGUUCAACUCGCGGCCCAUCGAGCUGGUCCGGUCAGGGGCUGAACCAGAGCUAAACAAAAAAUAAGCACAACGGAAAGUACGCUUACUUCUAAUUAGUGCAAUUUUCCUCCGUAAUGUUGCUCUUUAAUCGCCUGAGAAUACAGAUGAGUGACUCCAACACACACUCAGACCAACCUCGGUGCACACCAUCAUACAGUAUUCAUGUCUACGGAUGGGACAGGAAUACUACAUUUAAUUAUAUUAAGAAAUAUAAAAAUAUAAAAAUCAGAUCUGCAAAACUUAAGACCAGUUUUAGAGACAUUUUAGGAGUUUAAAGUACAUAUUUUUAUCAAUAUCUUGAACCACAGUUAUUUUGUUCUGGGUAAUGAAGUAUUUAUAUCGGCCCAUUUCAUUUCCAUAUACUGCGACACGUAUAUUCUCAUCUCAUGUGUAUUCUCAUUUCACAGCAAUGAUCUAACACACUAGCUGUUACCGCUGUUCAUGGAAAUGCAAAGCAAACUUUUAUUACAGGAGUUCUUUGUGUUUACUUGCUUGUGGGUAACACAAAGGAAAUGCAACCUAAAAAGAGGAGGAGUUUUAAUGCUGAUUGGCUUUUGUGAAACGUGUCAACUCGAGCAAAUGAAGUGAAAGCUACAGAUCACUUCUUAACAUGAUUUAGAAUAAAUUUAGGAUGUUGACUGUAAUCCUAUUGUUAAUCCUAUUGUGUAAAAGAUUUGCUUUGGUUUUGGUGUGAACUUUAGGGACAAGAGGCUACUAACACUGCUCCAAUUUCUUGGUUUGCGAUGGUUUGAGAGGGAUCUUAUUCUUAAAUUUAGUGUGGAAAAUGUGAUAGAUUAGGUUAGUUGUAUGAGGACUUACUGUUCUGUAUGCCAGUGAUUCCCAAACACUAGGUCGGGACCCAGAGAUGUGCCGUGGGACAAUUGUUUUUGGGUCCCCAAAUAAAUUAGCAGAAAUACCUUUUAUUUGAAUUGUUUUUAAAUAAUAUGCAUACAAAGCAUUAUUAUUAUUUGUUUACCAAUACAAAAUAAUAUUAGGUUUGAUCGAUAUGGCUGUAAAUGAUCACAAUUUGUGAGCCUUUUUUUAAGUGGGCAGUUUUUAUUUUGUCCCAUCUGGCAGCUAUGUUUCAGGGACAGUUUAGACUUCUUCUCAAAAAUGGAUUAUUUGGUUGAUUAUGAAAAGUCAGUCAGUUAAUCUCACUGUUCGUAUUAAGUUAAAAAAGAUUUGCAUUUAUAAAAACACACCUUUCUGCUUCAGUGACUUCUUUAUUAGUGGUGCAUCUACUGUACUAUCACAAGGUAACAGUGGGAGCAAUCGUUUAGUUUGUGGACUUUGUAAAAGUGAUGAAAUUUACGAGGUUUCUUGAAUGCAUCUUGAAGCUGCCCCUCUAAACUCAACCUGCUGCAGAAGGAAUGCAAUUCACCAAGGUCUGUGAACGCAUGUUUCCACCACCACCUAUCACUGUAAUAGAUUCAACAUGGGCCUGCUCAAGAAUCAACCUCAGCCUUUCCAGCAGGUUACAACCACUACAGGAACUCUUUAAAGAGGAGGAUACAGAUAUUGAGAACCAGUGGUAUCAAGCCAAGAAAGGUUGGCUUGACACGUGUGAAGAUGUCCUGGGCAGGAAGAAACCACAACACAAAGAGUGGAUCUCCUUUAACACGCUGCUGGAGUUGGAAACAAGGAAACAAAAGAAAGCUGCACUGAACACAAGCCAGACAAGGUCAGAGAAGGCAAAGGCACAGAAAGCAUACAAAGCUGCUGACAAGGAAGUUUAAAAGAGCAUCAAAAUGGACAAAAGAGACCACUUUGAGGCCCUAGCAAUACAUUCACUGUAAUAGCUAUAGGAGGAUUACGCUUCUACGAAAAAGCCUUUGAUUGUAUAAACAGAGCCACCUUGUGGAAGAUGCUAAGACACUACGGUAUACCAGAGAAGUUCAUAUCCCUAAUCUGGAGUCAGACAAGGACAUGAAAUGUAGGGUAGCCCAUGCAGGACAGCUAUCAGAGAGCUUUUAUGUGAAGACAGGAGUACAUCAGGGUACUGUACUGUCUAAUUCUUUUCCUCCUCGUUAUGACUGGAUUAUGAGGACAUCUACUACAGGAAGGAGCAAUGGGAUCCAGUGGACGCUUUGGACUCAGCUAGAGGAUCUAGAUUUUGCCGACGAUCUGGCACUCGCACAACCACAAACAGAUGCAAGAUAAAACAACCUAUCUGGACUCAAAAUCAGCAAAAAGAAGACGACUCAUGUGCCAAUAGCACACCAGCCACAAGUGGAGGGGAAGAAGUAAACAAGGCGGAGUCCUUUGUGUACUUGGGAAGUGUGGUAGACUGUCAGGGGGGCACUGAUAGGGAUGUAACAGCCAGGAUAGGGAAAGAAAGAGCAGCCUUCAUCAUGCUAAAGAACGUCUGGGCUUCCAGAGUGAUACGCAUAGCCACCAAACUUCGGAUCUUCCACUCUAAUGUCAAAUGAGAACAACAAAAGCAACACAGCACCGGAUACAAACCUUCGUAAACACCUGUCUGAGAAGAAUAUUUAAAAUCAAGUGGUCAGACAAGAUCAGCAACCUUGAGCUGUGGGACAGAGCAGGACAUAACACACUUGGAAGCCCGAUCAUCAAGAGGAAAUGGUUCUGGAUAGGGCACACACUUGGGAAGCCGCCAUCCAGUAUUACACACCAGGCCCUGACCUGGAAUCCACAGGGCAGACGAAACAGAGGAAUGCCUGAAAACAGCUGGAGAAGGGACACAGAAAAGGAGAUGAGGAGUACAAGCAACAACUGGCACGACCUAAGAAGAAGGCCCAGAGACGAGUCCGACGGAGGAAUAUCAUCGGUGGGCCUGACUACCUAACUGAAUGCAUCUUGUUAGCUGGUACUGUUAACUCAACACGCUGUACACCCUGCAUUGCUGUCACUAGUUCUCAUGCACUGGAGUUCAGAAUCUCUGAAUAUGCGAGGAAUAAUUCUCAUCAAUAUUCAUACUGUCCAUCCCCAGUGUAAAGUGAGCUCCUUUCCUAACUUGAGAACAGACUUCCUACCUUUGUUGGAAACUACUUAGGUCUUUUUAUCCACACGGGUAAUUACACCAUUGUCACAUAAUCAACAUCCGAAGGUGGACCUGUAAUUAAACGCUUGUGUUAGUGUGAAGCUUCCACUUCUUUUAAUUCAAGGUUUUUCUGUGUGCACUGGCUUUCAUUAAGUCACAUCUGGGAAUAUGCAUUCAUUUGUUAUUUAUAUGUUAACAUCUCAUUACACUUCAGUUCAUAACAAACUGUAACUUUGAAUUCUUCCUGAAUUUCCUCCUCCUCCUGUCUGUCAGACCUUUUUAUUUGCAAU